AUGAUGUUUCGAGCUCAUCCUUUUGAUGUGGAGACCGUAUUCGUACAAGCAAAGAAACAACAGGCGAAGAAGCUGCGCGGUCCAGACUCACCUUUCUUCAUGUCUAUCUGGCCGAUGUUCUACAUCAUGCGAGUUUUUGGUCUUACUCCUUACGAUUUCUCGCAAGAUCGUCUAGUGCCGUCAAACAUCUAUCUGAUCUUUUCGGCAAUCGCUGCCACGCUUUACACAUAUAUAUUUUACGUGGUGAUCCGAAGGUCUUUUGCUAUCCAGAGAGACGAAGACAACGGAGCUGUCGAAGCAACAGAAAACACGAAGGUGAUCAUCAACUACAGCGUGACGAUAUACGAAUUGGGCUUGGCGGCAUUCACGAGACGCAGCUUCGUCAAAACGUGGAACGCGCUGCAAGAUUACGACGAUGAUGUCAGACAGCUCGGUUAUCCCCGCAAAGAGACGCAGACGGCGAUCGUCGCGUGGAUUGUCACUGUUAUUAUGACGAUUAAUUGGAUCGCCAUUAAUCGUAUCGGGAUGUACGCCUUUUACGAGGCAUGGACUUAUAAUGUGGGAUACUUGAUUAUCUACGUCGGGAGCUCAAUCGCUGUCUAUAAAUUUGUGGCGAUGGCUUUCUUUCUAGGCCAACGAUUUCAUCAUCUCAACGCGAUGGCGAUAAAAAGUCUGCCAUCCACAUCGGGAAAUAAGAGUAUUAUCACAAUUAGCAAAACGACAAUCCUGGAUCUGCACAACGAUCUGAUGACCGCGGCAGAAAACUUGGAAUCGAUGUACUCAUGGUCACUACUUUUCUGGCUCGGCAAUCUUGGGAUACAUAUUGUCAGCAAUAUGUUUUAUAUAAUAGUGUGGAUAUUCAAAAAUGCAAAAGUUCUUUCCCCAGAGGGACCACCGUCGUGGGGUCUGGUAUUCUGCUUGAGCGCCUGGCUAUUAGCCUUUCUCUUCCAGCUUGUAUUACUUCACAUUGCCUGCCACUAUGCUUCCUCUCAAGCUAAUUGCAUAAGUAUAAUUCUUAUCGAGUGGCAAGUGAAAAUGAGGAAAAGAAAUGAUGAAUACGUGGAAUCAUUAUUGCAAUUCCUAAAUCGAGGAUUCAACUUUUCCGCCGGUGGAUGCUUUUACGUAAACUUACCCUUAUUACGUUCUAUCGCUGCUCUAUCGUCGACAUAUUUGGUUAUACUACUGCAACUUCCACAAUAAGAAUUAAUACGAAAGAGAAAAAACUUGUACGAUGACCACAUUUUGCAACUAUAAAUUUUAGCAGC